UGGUGAGUUUCCGUGACCUUUAUUGCCUCCUCCUCGCCCAGAUUCUCCUCCUCCCUUCUUCUUCCUCGAAAUCCAGUCAUCGUCGGUUUACUGCAAAUAUUCUGGGAGUGAGGGAGAGCGAGAGAGAGGGAUUAGCUAGCGCAUUACGGGGGCGGGGGCAGGUUUUGUCGAGUUAGUUUCCUUCUUCUUCUUCUUUGCGGGCGGGGAUCGGUUGAAGAGAGAGAGCAGCAGCAGCAGCAGGGGUGCGGGGAGGGGGAGGGAAGCUUGAUUGAUUGAGUCAUUCAAUCGUCUGUAGCGAUUUGCGUGUUCCUUCCUGGUCAUUGCAGUUGUUCGAUUUUUGUCGCGCUGCGCUACCUUUGGGUUUCCAUUACUGUUGAGAUGAGAGUGGUGUAAUUGCGGCCGUCUCCGCGAUGUGUACAAUUUGAAUGAAGUUUGGUGCAAGAGAUUGUUCGAUUAGUGGACCAGGGGUUCUAUCUGCUUCUGUGAAUGCAAGGCUUUAAUGUCAGACUGCCGGUUUCAGCCUCAUUUCAGCUGGUCUUUAUUUUAAGGCGUUCAAAAUUAUCCGGAGUUAUGUGUUGAAAAAACCGUACAGAUCAUAUUUCUCUGAGGAAUUAGAGUCCAAAACCAACAUGUUGAGAUGGCAAUCACCAGUGCCAGAUACGGACUUUCGAAAUGGCAACAACCUUCAUUUAGACUCUUUUAAUGUUACUGUUAAUCCUGAACUAUUUACGAAUUCGACUUUGGAAUUCCCCUUGUUGUCGUGGCACCAGAAAGCUGAUACGUUAUGGGCUUCUUUGUAUUGCAUGCUAGUUGUCGGGUACGCUGUUAUUGUCAUUUUAUUAUGGAUCGUGAAUCCUUUCAAAAUAUCUCAAGCUGCCCUCUUCUCAGUCUGUAACCUCCUCCUGCUUCUCAUUACAGGACUUCUGCAAAGUUAUUUGGAUGCACAACUUAAGAAGGCACAACGGCAGGGUUAUUUGAAGUUCAGUGCAAUUUUGGAAUGGAUUAUCCAUCAGCCUUUUCAAAUUGUUGCUUAUGGAACGUCAUUAGUCUUGUUGGUGGUGACCUGGGACGCACUUCAACAACGUUUGGGCAUUCCGGCCUUGCUGUUGCUUCGAAUCGUUAUUCUAGUGCAACUACUAUGGGCAGGGACUCUAGUUUGUGUGUUUAUAUGUAAGGUGUAUGGACACAAUAAAGCUCAUUUCCAUCCUGAUGCAAUAGACACACUUUAUUCUGUUCUACGAUCUUCAUCUGGGCUUGAAGAUGUGAGAUACAUUGAUGGAGGAGGUCUAGCUGAGCAACAGGCGGCUCUUCUCCACUACCAGCAGGACAAUUUGCAGUAUCUUAGCAAAGAGAUACUCCGGCUACAAGAAAUCUUGAGUAAGUAUGAGAAGACUCAAGAUGGAAGCACUCCACAGGUUGAUUUGGUGCAUUUGCUGGCUUCACGAGAGCAAGAGCUGCGUGCUAUUACAGCUGAGAGGGAUCAAUUACAGGCAGAGGCCCGUCUUGCCCGCUGUCUGAUUGGUGAGCGGGACGCUGACAUCUUGCAGGUCCGCGCUAUGAAUGAUCAGUAUGUGGAAGAGAAUGACCGAGUUCGCGCAAUGCUCAACGAGUGGAGUUCUCGUAUGGCUAAGUUGGAAUUGGCACUUGAAGCAGAGAGACGAACAAAUCAAGAACAACAGAAAAAAAUCAACCAGCUUCGGACCUCAGCUCAGUCCUCGUAAUGAUUGAUUAAUUUGCAACAGAAUCUGUGGGUUCUAAACCACGAAAAAUUCUAAUCUAUUUAAAAAGCUGCCUCUCUUUGGAUAAGUGUGUUGAGAUGCUAAGGAAUGGUCAUCCGAAGGACAGUUGGGCGAACAGUAAGUGCUCAGCUAUCUGCUCUUCAUCAAAAUUUGAAAGUACACACCAGUGUGAUGUUCACACUAAACCAGUUGCAAAUACAUUUCUUGGGUGGAUUGACGAGUUUCCUUUCAUAAACCACUUUCGUUGUAUCAAUCCUUUUUCUCCUAAUCAUCCUCUAUGGGAUUCGUUCAGGGGCGAGUACCUCAUCAAAAGGACGCUGACCUUGCCCAUCAGAUAGCGAAUAGGAAUCACUCGGCAGAGUUUCUGGAAUGAAUUUGAGGACCAGUUCAGAUUUUCAUUUUUUAAAAUAAACUGAUAGUUAUGUUUAAGCCCUAUUCAGAUUGGUGCAUGUGAUCUGAAAAAAUUUGAACAGUGGUAUUUGUGAAAUUCUCUUUGAUUGGACUUUUUCAUUUGAAUUUGAA